AUACCACUUUUUUUAGACGACCGUUUGUGUUGAGAUUUUUAUGAUCAAGCCAUAACUUAUUGUAAUCACUUAUCAGAAAAUAGUAGAGCAGCUAGUGAACAUAUGUCAUGAUGAGUGUUGAACCAUGUGGGAUAAUCAGGAUGCAGAGUGUGAGUCCAUUGCUGCCUGGGCGCCAUGAGAGCAUGGAGGCUCUUUCUCCAAACCUGAGGCCAAGGCAUGAGGAGCUUUUACCCACACCAUGUGGACCAGUGAAGCAGUGGUCGGAGAUCCAGCUGUUGGUGAAGAUCUACUUCUGCUUCACGAUAAUCUCCAUGCUUGCCCUUUUCAUCCUCACUGUAGUUAACCUCGCGACAGAAAAGUGGAAAAAGGGUGAAGAUGAUGACCUCUCCAUUUCAAUCAUCCAGAUUGUGGGAAUCGGGUUCUGUGUGUACUAUAUCAUACGAGGUGUGUGGCAGGAAAACAGGCAGGAGCUGAUUGUUUUUGUGGUGUGCGUCCUCGUGGUCAUGGCGCGUUCCAUCAUCAACUUCAGCGUACUCAAAGAGAAAGAAACGCUGAUAAUGGUGCGCUUUGUGUGCUUUAUAUGCGUGGGUGUGGUGCACUUGAUCUGUGCCUCGCUGCUCAUCUGCAGGCCCAACAUGAUGGACUUCAGGGUAGGCGGAGCUUUGGAAAGCUUGCAGAAGCAGUACCGUCUGCUCAACCUCUGCUUCUCAAUGGUGACUUUUGAUCUUCAAGCGCAGACGUGCUUGUGCAUCUUGAUCCUGACCUCUGGCAAGUCCGUGUCCUCCACUCAUGCAACCAUUCUGGCGAUUGGAAUCGCUUGGGCGAUAAUCACUGCUCUGACUGGAGCCAUUUCUGUAUUAAAAGAAAAGAAGAUAUUGGUCUGGGUUUUUGUCCUCAUGAACUUACCUCAGCUUGCUUAUUUCAUUUACCUGCUAUACACGAUAAUUACUGACUGGGGCCAGAGUAAAACCUUUAUCCUGGAAGCCGCCUCCAUAACAGGCUGUGUGACCUCAGUCAUCAUCAAAGGUGUGCUGUUCUGGGGCUUGGUCCAUCUGUACCGCAGCUUCGGCCAGGGUCUGCGCGAGAGAAUGUUUGCCCCAGAUAAGCCGUAAGGAUCGUAGUGAAGAGCACCAGCGUGAAAACGUGCACUGUGGCCAGUAAGCAGGAAGAACAAUAAUGCAACUUUAUCACACAGCUGAAUAUGAUCUUACAGCUAACCAAGUCUUCACUUGAAUGCCGUUUCAUCAACUGUACAGUAAGAGAUGUCUGUGAAUCAAUUUCAGACAGAAAGUGAGGGCAAUGAACCAACACUGCCAUUUAGCUUAUUUUUAAAUCAUUUUAAAGUUUUUAAAAAUUCAGCGAGCUAAUUUUAAACUCUGAAAAAAAAUUCUUUUAUGUUUAAAUGAUAAAAUUAUUGCACAUGAAAAUGCCAAGUUAAUCGUGUAAUCCAUGUACUUUUAUAAGUUACAACUUAUACUUAAUUGUCUUUUAAGCAUUUUAGAAAUUCACAUUAUCUAGUAUAAUCAGUAUUUCUUGUAAACAGUAAAAGUUUCACUAAAAGUGUUAAUACACUCAAAUCACAUGUCUACAGAUAUAUAUUUAGUGUCUGUUAUAUUAAUUUUAUAGCUUCAGUAUAAAUCCCCUAGCAAAUAAUAAGCAUGUAUCCUAUUUGGGAAUGGGAAAUCUCUAUCAAAACUCUUAUGUCAGAUGUUACUGUUUUCUUUUACAGCAGCAAUCCAGCUGUGUUGUAGUAAUAACAAUGAGGUUGAGGUUUGUGGUUUGUUUUCACUUAAUUAAAAAAGAUUUUAGUAACAGAAGAAAGAGAAUUGAAUUGUUACUAGUUUGAUAUCUGUGACCCAGAAAUGUGAAUUCUAUGCAGAGUAGUGUAAUUAACUUUUAGAGCAAAGCUUGAAAAAAAAAAAAAAAUCCUAAUUUAAUGCUUAAUCAAUUGCACAGUUUUUCCCCCCUUAUAACAUUAAUGGAGUCUUUAUAUUUUUAUAGUCAUAAUUGUUCCAAUCUGUAAAUUGUUGACUGACCUGCUACAGUAUUUUUUACAAAAUAAGUAAAUAUAGAAAUAAAAUAAUAAUUAAUUCAUGUUAUUUGUACGUACAGUGGGGCCCAAAAGUCGGAGUUGGAAAUUCUGGGAUUCAAUUUUUUAUUUUAUUGUGGAAAUCCAUUUCUGAACAUUUGAAAAACAAAAUCUGAACUAUUCAAUAAACAUGACUCUGCACUAUCUCAAAGUUUCACUUUAAAUGUACAGUAAGCAUGUUACUGAUUUUAAACACGUCAUUGUAAGAACCACAUUUGUUAGAAUGUCUGUGAGUCUUAUGUUGGUUCUGAAAUGACAUGCUGAUGGUUUUGAUUUAAAAUGGAUUGUUAAGUAUGUGCCAGCUCGAGUGCUUUCGAGCAGAAAAGGAGAUUAACCAAAUAAUAAGAAUUUACGUUUUUAAGUUGUUGCUCCUAGUGUCAUUUUUAAUGAAAACUUUUAAACAGAAGCCUUUGCACUAGUGCUCUAAACAUUAAAAUUUGGUCUUUUUUUCAUUUUGUUUAUGAUAUUUUAGUGCACAUUUUACGGUCAAUGUGAGUUUUUAUUAGGAAUUUAUGUACCAACCUGUGAACUAUUGUUUCGUCAGGGACUGAGCUCUGUGUUAAACGGGAGCAAAAGGUCAUUGUUCUCUUUUGUGAUAUUUCCCAUGUAGAGACACCAAAGUUCAUAGACUUUUGAAAAUAAAUUCCUUUUUUAUUGGAAACCAAUGUUCAUUUUUUGUAUUUCCCAGCACUGUUUCUACCUUAUAUUCACCUUGUAUUGUACAAAACAGAACUUUAACCUUUUAACUAUUCUAAGUGUUUUGUUUUCUGUUUUUUGAUAUCAGUUUUUUUUA